AUGGAGAGCAUCUACGACGACAACUCUGAGGCACAAACCAGGUGGUGCCACAGAGUAAUGACUAGUAGCGAAAAAUUUUACGAGGACGAGUUUCUUAGGAUCCUCUCAGCCUCCUAUGACCUCAAGAAGUUUGCGAAUACGCUAACGUCAGAUUCAGAUAACUUGGUCGAAAUCAUCAGCGACGAAGCAGGCUUGGACCGCGUCAUGAGGAUCUUAGGAAUAUCAGACGAUAUCAACACGAUACUUUUCCAAACAAUCAUGGCCAGAUUCCCCGCGACUAUGACUCUUAAGAGCGGCAAAGCUUUGGCGUCACGACUCCUAGACGUUUGCAACAUUGACCAAAAGAACACGUUUUGCCAGACCACGUACCGUCACGCCCUUCUCUUGGCGCGUGACGAAAACGGUUGCAGCACACUCAAGAAAGCCAUAACAAUAGCUGAUGAUAUCUUAAAAUCUGAUUUCCUCGAGCUGAUCUCUCUCAAGGCUCACUUCCUAAGCGAGGACGAUUUAGGAAUCUCCUUAAUCCAACAUGUGCUUAACCUCGACUAUACACGGAAAGCCACAGAAGACGACACGCUCUUGCACGAGCUAUUCGCGGAGUUUGAUGAGAUUCUCCCGACAUGUGACACGGUGGAGCUUCUUAACCUUGCCUCGAAGCUGACGUCAGAUUCUCGUCUCUUUUUGGAGUUUGUCAAAACAAUAAGAGGCUUGCUCAUGGUUCAGAUCAUCCUUGGAAGAUCAGAAGAAGUCGACAGAGUGUUUUGGGAGGCCAUCAGGCGAGGCUACACCGAUCUUGCAAUCACUCAUCACGGUCAUCGCAUCAUGUUACGAACCAUAAACGUUUUCGAGAAAAGAGGAAACAAGAAUGUGUACGCGCAAAUCCUACGCCUAGUUGGAUACAACGCUUUCUACCUAUCCAAGCAACCUAUUAUGGGAAACGCCGCCGUACUGCACGCCAUUAAUAUACACAACCCGAACUGUACGGAAUUCAUCGCUUGUGGGCUUCAAUGCCACUACAUUGAGCUUUCUUUUCUGAAUAAUGGAAGCAACAUUGUGGAGAAGCUCCUCGGUGAAGUUGACCAAGAUUUCAUGCUGCCUUUGAUUUUUAUGGUGAUGGAGAUUGUCAACUGUGACGAAGAUACGUUGGUGAGAUUGGCCAAGGAUGAAUACGGGAAUCGGGUUUUGGAAAAGACUCUACAUGUGGCAGAUUAUCAUCAUUUGUAUGAUUUGGUAGAUGAUAUUGUCGACAAGUUGGAGCCUCUUCUUGAUACCUUGCGUGGGUCACGCGGAGAAAACAUUGCAGCUCUCGUCAUCCAGGUCCUCGGGUCUGACUCAGAUCAGUCAGACAAGUCUGAGUCAGACCAAUCAGACCAGUUUGAGUCAGACCAAGACCAAGACUGGUCUUACUUGGACAGGUGUGAGUCAUACCUUAAAGAUCAUAUGGUUAAACAUGAAUUCUAA